UGUUUACAUUUGUGGUGUUGUCCAGGAAAUGAGUGAAAUCCGUGAAAAUAGUGAUAUCCGCCGACAAAUCAUCAAUACUUUUAAGCUAUGUGGCUACACAAUUCGAUCAGGAAGUUCAGACUUCCUUGUGGCGGAACUGGACAACAUGUAUCCGGAGGAUCGCCGAAAGAUCCUGGAUGAGAUGUGUGAUCACAUUCAGAGACAAGGCUUGUCCGCCCCGGUUGUAGAGCAGCACCACCUCGAGCUAGCCUUCCGGGAGAGUCAAAACUAUGGCUUGAAUGAGAGUGAGACGGUUUUUAGUGUCAUUGACAACAUCUUCACGAUACCUUCUUUUAUCUAUGACUGCGAGAGGAAGAAAUUCCUGCUUGACACCAAAGCCAGGAGCUUGCUGGCGGAUCCUGGCGCCAAGGCUGAGUGCCUGAGGAAUCGCUACUACAUGCUGUGGCAGAGAACAGCUCGUCACGAGAUGUUCGCCAAGAGUGCACUUGAUCAGAACCCCACUGGAUUCACACUGAGACGCGUGGAGAAUAUUCUCUGCACUUCCAAGAUGAGAGAUGUCGUGACUCUGGGAAUGUUCACACAGUUUGGCGAUGGGAAGUUUCAUGUGGAAGAUCCAACAGGGACGAUUCCGCUGGACUUGACAGAGGCAAAGAUGCAUUCUGGCCUCUUCUGCGACGGAUGCUUCGUGCUCGUCCAGGGAAAGUACACGGACGGUGUGCUGAAAGUGACGAGUCUGGGAUUUCCACCUUCUGAGGCUGCCACGAGCAGCCGGGCGUACUUCGGCACGGCCAACACGUGGGGCGGACGCAGCAAAUCCCUGCUGAAGUACUCUCAGCGCCUCAAGACCGUGGAACUCACGGACACGGAGGCCACGAUUAUCUUCCUCUCGGACUGUUGGCUAGACGACGCGACUGUGAUGCAGAAGCUGAGGGUGCUCUUCGAGGGAUAUGACGACAGCCCGCCCGUGGCGAUCGUCCUGAUGGGUCCUUUCACGCGCAAUCCCGAACACUAUCGACUGCUGAAGGAGAAAUUCACAGAACUGGCCAACAUCAUCGCGCAGUGUCCGUCAAUCAUGGCCAAAACCGACGUGGUGCUCGUGCCAGCGGUGGAUGAUCCUCCCACCAGCAACAUCCUGCCGCGUCCCGCACUGCCGGACUUCCUGGUGGCGGAGCUGAGACGAAAGGUUCCGCGCGUGAUCGCCGCCACGAAUCCCUGCCGUUUGCAGUACUGCACGCAGCAGAUCACCAUCUUCCGCAUGGAUCUGGUGACGAAGCUCUGCCGCAAUGCCAUCAGAUUCCCGGAGAGUGGACCCAUUGAGGAGCACGUGGCGCGCACUCUGGUGUGUCAGGGCUCUCUGGCACCCAUGCACAUGAACGUGAUGCCCAUCCUGUGGCACUACGACGCCGCCCUGUCGCUCUACCCACUGCCAGACCUCGUGGUGCUCGGAGACUCCAGCAAGAGCUUCAGCACGCAGCUCCAGAGCUGCACGAUUCUCAACGUGGGCUCCUUCGCCAAGAGCAACUUCUCCUUCAAGGUCUACGUGCCGCACAAUCGCACCGUGGAGGACUCCAUGAUCCCCUCCGAGGACAGCCUGACCGAGGAUCAGGCGUGAGAGAAAAUGCCACUGUCAUUCGUCCUAAAAUAAUGCAUUUCUUUUUAAUUUCUAUAUACAACACUAAAGCUAAAAUAUCACUUUCAACUUGGAUUAUUACAUUUUGCGUGUGACAUUUCUUUUUUUCCACCAUUCCUUCC